CAGAUACACAGUCGCUCACAGCACGACGAAAAUUUACGGUUUACGAACAUAGUUAAAACAUUUGUUUUAAUAUUUCUAUACGGAUAAAACUGCAAAGCUUUGUUUAACCGUCUGGAGUUUAUUGCUAAAGGUUAGAUAAUUUAUUGAGUAUUUGAGUUAUUAUUUUAAAACCGAGACUAUAGUUGGUAUGAAUGAUGUUGCAAUAGGCCCAAUAAAGCCGGUGAGUACAAUAAAUUAUUUUGUGACGCAUUAUAUGUUAUUCACCAAUCUUCAUUCACAUUGCCUUAUAUUCCAACUCAAUUGAUAAGUAUUUCAAUGAAGAACUGAAGAACUUAAUUUUUGAAACAAUUCACUGUCUUUUCUAUUCAAGUAAAACGAUGAAGAGAAUGCUAUAAAUACAGUAUAGUGCUAUAUUAUUCUUAUUUCGUCUUCGAGAAGAAAAAAGCGAAAACAUGGCUGGUUUACACUUGCAAUCAAAGUUUCUCUGAACGAAGUGUACAUGCAUGCAGGUCAGUCACGUGUGUAAAGACUAAAGUGUUAAAUAUCUUUCAGAUUUUGAUCAAAAGCAACACAUGCUAACUUCAAGAGUCUUUUGAAUCGUUACAUGAGAUAAUGCCAGCGUGAUUACUGUCAUACCGUAACGAACUGCCGUACUGAAAGCUUCCCUACAUGUUCAAAGUUUCAUUCGAAUACGAAUGUCGCAAGUAGUGAAAUGCUUAUACUAUUAGCUAGCUGCUUAUAGGCCUUUGUGGCUUCGAUUACCGCUCAACAGUCAACUACAGCCAUAUAUAAUAAAUAAUGCAAGCAAUGAACGUCGUCCAAUACCGAUCGUAUUACAACCACAAUGGCUUUACUGCCAAAAUGUUAUUUUGUAAAAUGGAUUGAUAUAUAGAAACCUGUUUGUUGGUUACUGUCGGAAUAUAUAUAGAUUUUUAUAGGUUUAUUUUACCGUCACUAGGAAAAACACAUUUUUGAAAUUGAAUAAAAUAAACAAUGCAAUGAUUAGCUACAUUUAUGAGUGAAUGUACCUGCACGAGCUGAUUCAGAUGAUCAGAUCUUAUGAGCAUGUCUAUUAUGAUUCUCAUGGAUUCAUGGUAUGAGGACGCUUGAAUGUAUAAAACUCUUUAGUAGAUAAAUAUUAGUUAAUUGUGAAAUUGGUUACCUAUCGCACUAACGGUAGUUAACAUUUACAACUAACCUUUUUGUACAACCGGCUCCAGCAAUAUAUGAAAUUCAUGAGUGCACUUUCACUUUUGCUUUCGAAAUUUCUCCUUUAUUUACUUGCCAUCAAAUACAAAUAUACUAUAUUACAUACUGUAUUCUUAAGAGAAUUGACAGCAUUUUCUCACUAGCUAAUCAACAUUGAAACCCAUGCACCUAUAUUGUUUUAGUUUUGAAAUAAUCAUGAAAGCCAGUGGAAGUAAUGUACAGUCGAGCAAUGUCCCUCUCGUAACAUUUGAAGAUGUUCAUGACCGAAACAAGAGUAAGGAAAACUUGAUAUCCGUUAAAACCAUUGCGAUUGUCCGCACAACGAAUGAGGAUAUACCUUUCAAGAAGUUAGAACUUGCACACUUUGACGUCAAAGCAAAAGGUUUCGUUGAAAACCAAAUAUGUCCUCUCUACAGAAAACACGAUUCGAGGAAUUUUAUGAUUGCUAGAUUUGAUCCUAGGUGUCCGAUGCAGGUAACGGAGCAGAUCUUAAGCAAAGGUGUUCAUGUCUGUUAUGAAAAGAAGCCGAGAAUCACAGAGCGGUAUACCUUCUUUGCACAUAGUGCCAGUCAACUACGCUCUCGUGUAUGUGUUCUUUAUAACAAUAACCCAAAUGUUGGGAAGGCAGAAGAUAUCAUCAGCGAAUUUGGAGAUUUCAAUAAGAUAAAAACUGCAGCAAAGCGUGCUGCCCGUAUUGGCUUGCUCCUUUCUACUGCAGGCGAGACAGUGAAACUGCGGGAGGAGGACAUAUCCCGCAUUAACGAUGUAGAGCGAGACGAUUACACGUUUACUGACGGCUGUGGUUACAUUUCGCCUGUCUUGGCUAAAAGGAUCACUGAACACUUAGGAAUUUCUGAAAAGUACAAGCAUCAGAAACAUCCCCACCCUUCAGUUUUUCAAGUUCGUUUGCUGGGUUGCAAAGGAGUCCUAGCACUCAAGCCAUCGUUGGAGAAGGGAGUUGAGAUACGUAAGUCUAUGGAGAAAUUUAAAUGGUUGUUGCCAGAGCCAUUCCCUCUUGGUGUUGUGGACAAAGGUUAUUCGAGGCCGUAUGAAGUCGGAUCGUUGAACAAGCAAUUCAUCUUACUUCUUUCUGCUCUUGGGAUUAAGGAUGAUGUGUUUCUAAAGAAGCAAAAGACAUAUUUCCAGGAAAUAAUGUCCUUAACAAGCAACAAGGAAAAUGCAUUUACCUACCUUUGCGCAUUUGGUGAGAUCGAAAUCGCCGAACGCUUGUUGGAAUCUGAGAAAUCUGAUACCGUCGACGCCAUUGUACUUGCCAAAGUUAAAAGUGUCCAACAAAGGGCCUACGCAUCACCGAAUAACAGUGCAAGUGAAUUGGAAAAGACGAGGAAGUCUCCAGCACUAAGAUUAAAGAUCCCUAUCGAAAAAUCGAGAAAUGUUUACGGUGUAAGUGAUCCAUCAGAGAAUGAUUUGAAAUACGGAACAUGUUUCUUCCAACCCACAAUUCGUGGAGAAUCAAAACCCAUUGUUGGUAAGAUUGUAGUCGCAAAGAAUCCCUGCUACAGUCCUGGAGAUGUUCGUGUGUUAGAUUGCGUAGACGCACCAUGCUGUCAUCACCUAGUGGACUGUAUUGUUUUUCCAACAGAUGGACAACGACCGCAUCCAGAUGAGAUAGCUGGCAGUGACCUGGAUGGUGAUAAGUUUUUUGUGUCCUGGGAUCCUGAUUUAGUUCCUUGCGACAGUCAAGAUCCAGUUUCUUAUCCAGCUGCAAAAGUGCCUCAAAAGAAGAAUAUUCUACAAGCCGAUUUAAUAGCUUACUUUGCGAGGUAUUCCAAUUCUACAAUUGGCAAGAUCGAUUCCCUUUUUGCACAAUGGGCUGAUCGAAAAGGCGUCACUUCGAUUGAAUGUCAGGAGUUGUCAGCGUUAUUUUCAAGGGCAGUUGAUUCAGCUAAAACAGGCGAGAGAGUCAUCAUUCCAAAACAUCUACAAAUAACGUCGGAAAGUGAACAGUCGCACGGAAAUUUCGUUUGGCACAAAAUGAGGGCAGAAGCCGCUCUAUUUAUAGAAAACAGAGUAGAAAAUCCUGAAAUGUAUAACGAAGUGCAAUUAACCGAGGAAACUCUGAGGAGUAUUCUCGUAAACGAGCUUAUUAGUGUCAGCGAUUACCAAUUGUUUAGAUUCCUUUGUAAAUGGGCGGAACACGAGGAGGAUAUGUCAGAAGAACAAGUGUCAAAUAUUGCGAAAGAUUGUAUUGACUUUACCACUUUUUCUUUACCCGAGCUUCGUCGAGCACAAAUAGAUUGCCCUGGCCUAGGUAGGGAGAUUCUUUUAAAUCCAUUUGUCCGUUCGAAAAUUCUCUCCAAAGUCGAUUGUACGGAUCUUAUUCCACAAACCUCUGACCAUUAUACUCGUUACUCGCUGGUGUUCCGCGCUUGUGCUGAAGAUCUUUCGUGGGAUAUCCUCAACAAUGUGUUAACGUCAGGGCUUGCAAAAAUAUUGGUAUUCAAAUUCCUUAUUGGGAACGUGGAAUGGGUGUGCGUGCUGGAUAUGCCCCAGCAGCUCGAAUCUAGAGAAACGCUUGAAGUGAAUGAAGCUGAGCAUUCUUUGCCUAGAGCAUUCCUGUUUAUUCAUCAAGAUAAACCAGUUUCAGAAAGGUAAUGUUUUAUGUUAAUUAUUGUGGAGCUUUGUUUAGGUGCAGCAGAAAUUGUUGAAUGUUUUUUGUAAAUAGAAAUUUCGAGUGAAAAUGUCAUAUAUUGUGAGAUUUGAGCAGGAGUUGCUACGAAAAAUGCAACAAUAACUGUCACAUCUUUCGCAGCUGCUCCAUGUACCCUUACAUUUUUUCGCAGCUUAACAAUGGUUCAAAUUACACCGUGAAAAAACCAUUCAACAAUCAGCUAGUUCUAUCGAUUGACUCAUACGCGUUCAGAUUAUUGGGCAGGUUAUACUUAAAAAUCGGGCAAUUUAAUUUACUUCGUCGAGUAGAUUCUAUUUAAAAGCAGGGCACAUUUUAAUUGUAGAAUCCCCCCCCCCCCGCUCACCUGAACGUCGGGCAAGUUUUUGUCCUCUCCUUCCCCUACCAUCGAAAGGCCAAAAUUUCUGAUAUUUAGCAGAAAUUGACGUAUUUAUUUUUAUUUGUAUCAGGUUUAUCCUAGAUUCCACGUAUUCCUUUUUGUUGCAUGAUCAACGUUUCCAGAUAUACCAGGGGACAAAGACAAGAACGUUUGUUAGCUUUAACGUGAACGAUGCAAAUGAUCUCUCUGUUGUGAGCAUUGAUUUACAAAGGUUUAAUAAAAGGUUGUCUGAUAGACUCGGCGGUGUUCGAGUACGAAAGGAGGCCUUUGUAGACCUGGAGAUCUAUUGUCAUGAUCCAAAUGACCAACCUAUUCCAAAAAUUUACCUCACCGAGCCUCCGAGCGCCACUUUGCCCACAGAGACUGACAAAUCAUCAGGGGAUCAGUUUCACGGUGUUGAAGCAGAUUUUCCAAAGAUGGGAGACGAAUACUGCGGAAUUUACUUACAAGCUGAGAAAGAAAUGUGCAGAUUACAAUCAUUAUUACAUAACAACGUUUCUUUCACAAGCGAGAAUUUUAAAUUAAUUCGGGAGCUACUUGGAAAAAUGGAUGAUCCUUUGGUGAGUAUAACAUUUCUUUCCCAUUUCAUUUAUUCCAGGACACUCCAUUUACAUAAUCAGACCAGUAAGACUGUAAGACGUAUGUAGGUUCACAGUGUUAACAGAAAAAUCUGAACCAUUUUUUUGGCACUAAAAUCGAAUCAUUAACUCCAAAUAUAAUUCUUAGUUCCAUUUAACAACUUGAAAGGUCUUUGACCAGAAACUCCCCGGCCCACUUUGUAUGAGUAAAUUGAAUAAUUUCUGAUAUUCACUUUGGGGUUCAUUUGGACAGAACUGCUCGAUUUCAGGUCGAGUUCGACACAGGUUUCACACACUGGCAGAAUAAAUAUAAUUGUUAUGUUCUUUGUACAUGUGGUGCUACUCUUAGUGUGCACCCACACCGGGCAAGCUGAAAAGUUUGCCUGACUAGACCACAGUGCCGGGAAUCGAACACGCGACCUUUGGGAUACUAGUCCAAUGAUCUGCCAACUGAGCUACGAGGUCAAAUUGACGGUUCGAGUUGGUGAUAUUUCGGAAAUGAGUCUAGUUCCUUCGAUGUCAAUGUAUUCUAAGAUAUGAUACUUAGAAUACAUUGAUAUCGGAGGAACUAGACUCAGUUCCGAAAUAUCACCAACUCGAACAGACUUCACCUCCUACAGUAGCCAGUUGGCAGAGCAUUGGACUAGUAUCCCAAAGGGUCGAUUCCCACCGUGGUCAGGAAAACUUUUCAGCUUGCCCGGUGUGGAUGCACACUCAGAGUAACACCAUGCCACAAACAUCAUUAACCUGAGGCUGAGUACAUAACACCAACAUAAACGCCACGUUUCCUUAGAUGAAAAAUAACAAUUUCCACAAACGUGUCGUUUAAUUUUCCGGAAUGCAAAACAUUUGCAAACGGUGCAGAUGACCGUUGAGCUUCUGGAACAUUAUCGUUAUACUGUAGGUUGUAAAAGUUGUAUUAUUGUUAUUUUCCAGGAAAGAUACGAAUGGUCGUGCAAGCUAGAAUCUUUUCUUGAUGAAUGUGGAAUUACUUAUGGCGUGGCAGAGGAUUACCAGACUCUGCUUGUGUAUCUUUUGGAAGGGUUGAAGAGAUGCGGUUCCCUUGUAAUUUCUGGUAGCAAGGUCAAUGUAACUCUGCUUUAUCGACUUCGAAGAGUCUUGGAACAUAUGCAAAAGAACAAUGUUUAUUUGUCUGUUAAAAAUAUUUUGGAACUGUUUGAGAUAUUACUAUUCGUACAUGACUAUCAGACAUCCAUGUUUGUGGUGCGUCUCCUUAAGCAAGGUAGGAAUUGAAAUACACGAACUAAGACCAAUAUAUCUACCUAUACAGUAACAAGUAAUUGUAUGAUUCUUACAACUGAAUGAUUAAUUUUACUAAGAACGUGCACGAUCUGUAUUUAUACGAACAACUGCGAAAUCAGCAAGGGUGCGAUAGCCUACAACGGCAACGAGAACAUAACCCCUAUAGCAACAACCACUACCAGUGCCGUAACUAUUGCGGAUGAGGUCUGGUGGGCAUGGCAGUUGUAAUACCCUCCCAAUAUUUGGAAAGGGCAACUUUUCAUGUUGGGCAAAAUUACUCCUGAAAUAUUCAAUAAUUUUGCCAACCACGAUUCCACGAAAACAUUCAGUCAUGUUGAGUAAGAACAAAAUUCGUCGAAGACAAUCAAAAGUUUUUUAAAUUUCCUUCCAAAGCACAUGAAUUGGAUAAGUCAGUCCUUUAGAUUUAAAUAUUUUUGGCGAAAGCAGCAUGCAUCAUACUCUCUACGAUCUAGCACCUUUGACACUCGAUACUUGUGCCUUCAAUGUCGCCACUACGGACCCUCGUAAGCGUUUUGGUCUGGUAGGUCCCUUACAUGAUCACGCCAUACGUUGGACAAAAAAAUCCACACGUGAUAUGUUUGUAUUCAAGUUGCUCCCCUGACAAUAACAAAACAAGCAAACAAACAGACAAUUAUGCAAAAUAAUCUUGUAAAUAGUAAGAAAAUGCGGCAGUGCAGACUUUGCCGAAAGUUCUUUUUGGAUUUUUAGAUAAACAUUGUUAUCUUAACAUCUCAACUGCAAUUUAGUGAAAUUUGAUUUAUUUCUUUAAGCCUUAAUUAAGGUACGUUUACACGCUGCGAUUUGUCGGGCCGAUUUUGCUCGCUGUAUGUAAAUAACCUGUCAUGAGUAGUCGCGUCACAGCGCCUUGCGAUUCACAAAAUCGGGAGAAAAACUGUAGCAAAGCACAGAUUUUUCUCACGAUUGAACGAUUUUUCUUCCGUUGUAAAGUGAUUGAAAACUUUUCGCACGCAGAAAACUGAAAACUAUAAUAUGAACAGACGAGAGAGCGGACAGUUUAACAUUUAAAUCGCUAAGUGUCGAAGAAGGGGCAACGAUUAUUUGCCAAAAUCGGCCCGACAAAUCGCAGCGUGUAAACGUAGCUUUAAAGAGGUGACCACAAAGUGAUAUCCACAUUUUGAUUUAGUUUAAUAUUCCAUUCCUAGAUGUGUUUCCUAUUUUAAGAGGCGAGUUUCUGAUUUACGAGAAAUCUUACCCGUAUUUCAUCCACUGGAGUAGUCUUUUAUACAUGGAAAUCCUUGAGGAAAUUAAAGAGCAAGAAGAUCUGGAAAUGAGGUUUACGCUCAAACCGGUUGUUUGCGAGGGAAAGAUUUCCAUAGAGAUGGAUGAUAAUGAUGAUGACCAAAACAAGAACAAUCCUAAGUGCGUGAUAUUUGUACAAAAAGGAGAAAUAAAUUGUUCAGUAGGCGACUACGUGGCGCUUAGCCCGAGUAAUGCAUGUUCUGUGUUUCGUGAACGAAAGUACAUCAUGGAGGUGAAAUCAUGCGCUGGAAAACAUCUAUAUGCUGACCCGGUGUGGCCAAAUGACAAAGAUGUUCCGAACGAACUUUCAAGAUCUCCUGCUUGGAAGAUUACGUCAUUUCCAAAUUUAGUUUCUUUCAACAGAAUGCUAGAAGCACUUAAGAAGCUUUGUACUGAAACAUCACUUGAAAGUACGGGCAUCUUUAGUAAUCUUCUGAAUACCUGGAGCAAAACAAGACAGGACUACGAAGAUAAUAGUGAAAAUCCACCACGACCUCCGGACGAACCCUUGGGAGAAGCAAAUAGUAGUAAGGAAAACCAAGAAACAUCCGUCAAUCAAGUAGGUGGGUCAGCAGAAUCUUUUAUAUUGUGGUUUUCCAAUAUCUCCAGUGUUGGUUCCACGCAAGCAACGUUAAACAAUAUCCAAGACGUUUAUCGAUAGAACUACUGUAGGUACCUGGAGAGGGUCCUGAAGGGGGGGGGGGGGCGUCCCAAUCCCAUUUCCCACCUGAAAUUUUGGCAAAAUCCCAGUCCCAGUUGAAUUUUUAUUGGAAAUCCCAGUCCGAGUUAUUGAAAUCCCAGUCAAUAGAAAAAAACUUUAUUUAUCGGUAGAAUAAACAGUUGUAAGACGUUUUAAGCCACCGUGUUUGCAAGUGGUGGACACUUUAUGGCGGACACUUGGGGGGGGGGGGGCGUGCCUUCGGCACGGAAAAUUUUUAAAUUUGAAUCCCGGAAAUGGCAUUUGCAGCAUUCUGAGAUACGCGUAAUCAGAAAACCCAGAAUUCCGGGCGCCAGAGUAUGCCUGUUCACAGGUAGUGCUGUGAAUAAUAUAGUUAAUUUAACAACAAAAAUCAUGACCAAAGACACCAAAAACGGAUUGUAUUUUAAAAUACUUAAAACGUAGAAAAAUUGGGAAUCGCAUUAUCUCAAUCCCAUUCCCAUUUUUGAGGACUUCAUUUCCCAUUCCCAGUGGCCAAAUCCCAGUCCCAGCAACACAAAUCCCUUUUUUCCCAGUUCCCAUUUUACCCCUUCAGGACCCUCCUGGGACUGGUUGUUCAGAAGCCGAUUACCUUAACCCUUGAUUAACCUACAGUAAAGUUGAAAACAAACUUCGCAACAGUUUGUUCACAAAUUUGAAACUAUUUCUUUCGAAAUCUUGUAUGGAUAAGUAAGAAUUUUCUUCUCUGAAGUUUUGAAAUACAUAAACUAAAACAGCAGCUUAAAUUUUAACCCUGGGUUAGUGCAAAUCAAGCUUUAAACAACCGGCCGCUGAAGAAAACAGCAAACACCGACGUUUCUGCGAAAACUCCGCUUCCCCUGCAGAAUUCAUUUGGCAUUUCCGGAUGUAGGGCCUUCACGUACUUGGCACUUUGAAGUUUUUACUAUAGUUUUUAGGUAGUUAGGUAGCUUGUGUCAUCCAACUUCUUGGAUAUUGUACUGUACAUGUGAGUUAACCCUCCUAAACCACAGACCAAAAUUCAGGAAGGCGAAACUACGUUGACCGACGAAGAUGGAAUUUAUCGACAGUCAAUUUGCACCUUGAAAACGUGAUCUUCGUCCCUGUCUUUCAACGGGAAUUGCCAUGUAAUGCAUUACAAAAUCCAUAUUUUGACACGGACUAGGCAAAUUCCCCUGUCUAAUUGUAGGCCUACCCAAAUCUAACUAAUGAAUGAUUCACUUUCAGGUCUUGAUGUUGAAAGAAACGAUACGUUUGACAACCCUGACCACAGAAGUAGUUCCGGGCUCAAUCCAAGUCAAGAAAAAGCCGUUAGGCAGGCAUGCAACAAUUCUCUUACGUUGAUUCUGGGACCUCCAGGGACAGGAAAAAGUAAGACUAGUGCCAAUAUUAUCAAAGAAUUUUUAGCGCAAAAUUCUGAAGAGAAAAUUCUUGCAGUUGCGGAAACAAACGAGGGUGUCGAUAAUUUACUAGACAAAAUGUCUAGCGAUAUACCAGAAAGUCAGCUGCUCCGCGUUGGUAGUUCAACGUGGUCAGUGAGAGAAAACUUACGAAAGUUUACAUUGGAGGCAAAAUACGCCGAGAGAUCAAAAGGAAAACGUGUCAGAGAAAACUGGAUGAAUAAGAAAUUUGUAAAUGAAAUUUUAAAGGAGGCUAGAGUUGUCUGCACAACAUGCAUCAGUGCUGGUUCAAAAAUCUUUGAAGAGACGAAAUUUCGGAAGCUUUUAGUGGACGAGGCAUCUCAAGCUACAGAACCUGCAAUUCUAGUUCCAAUUUCCAGAGGUAGUUUACUAUUUGUUUAAACCAGAUUAACCGAUUUAUCCAAGACAGGCACAUCCCUGUUACUAUACCUUGUAAAAUUUAGCUUGGUAUUUAUUUGUAAUCCAUUAAAGUAUUUAUGUAGCAACAAAUACGUCCACGUGGGUUAUGGAUGGGACCGUCGUCAGGCAGUAGUGUAAUGGGUAUGCAUGUGCAGUUUUAUGGUUAUAAUUUCGCUUCUGUUGCCUGUGCGAAGACAGCUCAAUUGCCGGUUGAACACCAUAGGUAUUCUUCAUCCACUAGCUCCGGUUUCCUUCUACAGAAACACUCACCCAAUAGUUAAGGCACUACCUUUACCUUAAAUCUUAAUUAGUUAAGGUAGACUUAAAGUCUUAGUAUAAGUUAGUACUUAAAUGUAAAAGUUAUCACUGGUGAAAUCAAUUCCUGUUUUCAUUUUCGAUUUUAUAGAAUUUAUAAAUGAAAUUGCAACUCGUUUUUAUAUAUAGGUAGCGAUGUACUUGUGCUGGUUGGUGAUGACAAGCAACUUCCACCCACGAUUAAAAGCAAAGUUGCUAAACAGCUUAGUGAUACCACAUUCAGUCGACUACGUGCCUCAGGUCAUCCUGUGUUCCUUUUGGACACACAGUAUAGAAUGCAUCCUUGCAUCUCAGAAUUCCCGUCCAUGAUAUUUUACAAGGGGAAACUGAAGAAUGGUGUACCAGUACGAGACCGCCCAACUCCGAUGGGAUUUCCAUGGCCAAAUAAGACGAAACCUUUAGCAUUUGUGACUACACCAAAAGACACAAGAGAGCAGGGAAGUCGAUCGAAGAAGAACGUCAAGGAAGGAGAGAUUGUCAAACACGUAGUGGAUGCCGUGUUGCGUGCUGGUGAUUUACACGAAGAACAAAUAGGAAUUGUUACACCUUAUUCUGCACAAGUAUGUUCUUUUUCAUGUAGAUCAGUAGAUUCAAUAAUAAGCAAUUAUUGGAUGAGGCUGAGCAUGAUAUCAAGAAUUAUUCAGACCGAGGUCAAUGUUAUCUGCCGAAGGGAAGCUGAGGCGGACAACAUAGACCGAGGUCUGAAUAAUUCUUGAUAUCAUGCGAAAGCCGAAUCCAAUAAUUGUUUUAUUAUACAUUUAAAGACAUGAGAAACGUAUAAGACGAUUCCUGUUCAUGAGGUAGGAAAAGUACAAUUUGGAUAUCAAACACCUUGCACAAAGUCAAAGGUCAGCUAAAUAUUCUAAUUCUACUUCUAUUUACCCCUUUGUGGCAUUUUUCGUGCUUUCACUAUCCUUAUCUGCCAAUAAUUUGGAGAGUUCACUUUCAUUCAGCGAAGCAAAUCUGCUGUACGCCAUUGUUUGUUUGUUUUUUUCGCGCGCUUAUGGGUUCAAGCUUUUGGCCGCGCAAGGGUUUGGGCACGAGAGAGUCCAAUAAUUUUUUUUUUGGACGCAAGUUCGAUCCAAAAAAACAAUUAUUGGACGCUGAUGACGUCAUCGGCGGAAAAUACGUAAUAAAUGCCGAAUAUUGAAAAUUAGCCGGUGCUUUCUGACCAAUUAGAAACGAGAAUACAUGUUAAAUGUAUAAUAACACGUGUUAAUAACAUAAUAAGGCGGUGUUAUGCAUUGACUAAAAGAAAAUGCAGUAACCUGGUUAGGAAAGCUGGUAAAUUUCAUUGCGCGGUUGCUUGCCGUGAAAGUGCACGCUUUUCCAUAAACGUUGACUUAAACAUAUAGGACAAUGAUUUUAUCGAUCUUCGCUAGCUGCAUAACAUCACUUUUAACCGCUAUGCUCUAGUAUUACGAACUCCUAUACCAUCGUGUAUUUUCCUGUAAAGAGUGAAAUCAUUUGGAAAAAAUCCAAUCAAUCCAAUCAUGGAAUAUUUUAUUGGUUCCAAUAAGAAAGAAGGUCUUACUCUGACUCGUACCCAUGCAAUCCCUGAAAUGAGGAUUGAGAAAAUAAUGGUGCAUGAUGGGAAUGAUUAAGGCUCAAAUGCAUCACUCAAAUGCAACACUCCUCAGUUCACGACUACAUACGAGUCAUGGUCUUACUAACUGAUGUUUCGAUUUUAGAAAGAGUUAAUAAAUUCGUUCAGUUAUAAUGAGGCCAUAAUGUUAAUAUUCUCUUCCAUGCAGGUUAAACUGCUCACUGACGAGAUUCAGAAGCGCCACCCAGGUAUUUCAAUAAGAAGCGUUGAUGGAUUUCAAGGUCAAGAACGCGAGCUUAUUAUAUUUUCUGCCGUCCGUUCAAAUGAUGUUGGUCAAUUGGGCUUUCUUGAAGACGAUAAAAGAAUGAACGUGCUUCUGACCAGAGCUCGUAGAGGACUUAUUGUUAUUGGCAAUAGUACUACGUUGGCACAGAAAGAUUCAACGUGGAAAAAGUGGAUUGAAUGGAUGGGAAAAGAAAAAUUAAUUCUUGAUUCAGGUAAAUAUUUGAAGAAUACAUUGCGCUUUAGUGAAUAUGGGAAUUUAUUAUAUCUUCUCUUUUUGCUUACUCCUAUUACCGAAAUAGUGUAUGCUUGCAAUUGGAAAAAACGCGUCAAAACAUUUAGGAAUGCGACUACAUUCUUUAAGUCCUGAAUUCGACAAAAAAUUACGCUGACCUAACAAUAGUUUGUCGACAUUUCAGCAGAAAAAACGUUGGAAUUAGGAAUUUGGUCACAUUAGCUCAAGUAUAGCACAUUAAUUUGGAAAGGAAUAAGAUAUGACAGAAUCAAUGUACGUGCAUUCCCUAUAUGUACUAGCACUCCCAUCAGUGGUUUCUGAAUGCUGAUGCUCAGAAACUACUGUUACCAGGUUAGUACUUCCCAAACUUUGAACUCGGUUUUUAUCAGUUAUCGUUGUUGAAAAACGAUAUGCUUGUCUUGUCUGUCGUAGUUUUGUUCAAUUUCAAAGCAGCAACUUCGGCGAUUGUCGCCAUGCCAUUUCAUGGGGCGGUGUAUCUAUGGAAUAUUAUUUGCUAAGCGCCAGAUAAUUGGAGAAGUAAUAUAUAAUAUAAUUAAGCUCUUUAAAAUGUGCUCCGAAAUUGUUUGUUUAUCUUUUGGAUUUUAUAUUACAGUAAUUCUUUAUUCAAUUGUCACACGACAUGAAUUGAAGAAUUACCAACAACAAUUGUCAUGACCAAGUGCAUGGCAUGCACAUAUGAGAAUCCGCAUAAUUUUGGUUCAGAUGAAAACCAAAAGAUCUACAGUACCUUGUACAUGUUGGCCGAUGAUGCCACACCUCGAGUGUACAUGGAGUGUGAAAACGUUGGGUCGUGAAUAUGUUUUUUUAUCCCGGAUGCAUUUACCAUUCACCGGUUGCAGAAUUCUACCUGACCUUAUAAAUUAGAAUUCAAAUUUUGUUUGUAAUAUUCUAGAAAUUUUGUUACCAUCGUCAACUGAUGGUACUGAAAGGACCACAGGAGGAGAUAGAGGGGGGACGAGAGGGGGGACGAGAGGGCGGGGCUACAGAAGACCGCCAGACAAUAGCUACGGAAGAGGAACACGUGGAAAAAGAGGAAAAAUAAGAGGAUCACAAAGAUUCUAAUGACAGAAGAAGAAGUGACCUAAAUUAUAUGAUUGCAAGACUGUGUAAUUUGAAACAAUAAACUUUAGUGAUUUCAAUAAUCAAGUAAUAACGAUGAAUACAUUCCAAUUACAAAAGUGAACAAAAUGAGAAUUUUGAUUUUGUAUAGUUUUAGAAUAGAUGGUUUCACUACAAGUAGUUAUUUUUAUUAUUAUUAUCAUUCUGACGUCGUAUAAAGCCUGCCGCACACGAGAGAAACUUUUUGAGCUAACCGCCUCGCGUGGUGCCGGCUAGCUCAUGCAUGAAUUUUCACCGAACACAAUGGGAAAACUACUCAACAACAACAUAAUUGACAAAAUCGUUCGCAUUUUCCUCCAUUUUUUUCAAAGUCACAUGAAGAAACUACGGUUUCUCACUGGCUAAUUGAUUCAAGCAGCUCAGCACUAAGCUCGCAAGAGGUCAAAUCCUCACGGCGAAAACUAUCCGCGCACGAGAGAAACUUGCUGAGCUAGCUGCCACCGGUGAGGCGCCGGUUAGCCUUGCGAAGUCCGGAUAAUAUAGCCUAGCUUGCGAAGUUUGCAAUUUUCAGUCAUUUUAGAAACGGGAAAUUGACAGCCUCAAAGGGUAUUGGGCUGUCAAUUUCCCGUUUGUAAUCUAAAAUGACUGAAAAUUGCAAACUUCGCAAGGUUAUAUUAUCCGCAUUUUACAACAUUUCGCAACGAAACUUUGGAAUAUUACUAAUUUUGUGAUGCUCUUUCAAGCUGUGAUGAAAUUUUUGUCUAGACUUGUUUAGAUCAAAAUUUAGUCUAUUACCAUUUGCGUAAUCAAUUGACGCUUAUAAUUUCUAAUAUUACAGUUGAUUUCACGAAACUUUGGCCACGCCAAUUGCGAGGUUGGUUGGGAAUUUGGGAACUAUAUACACGAGAUCAUCAAGUUGAUUGGAAACCGGCCAAUCAAAUUCGGAACUUUCGCAUCAAAUUAUCGAAAUUUGUUAUGAAAUUCCGAACCAAGUUCGCAAGCAAGUUCGCAAAUUGCAAACGAUUUUGGCGGUAAAUUUUAAAAACUAAACUUAUUUUAUUAGACUUAUUCAUUUAAUAAUAAAUAAUAUAACAAUAAUAAUUUCAGGUUUAAAAUUAUAAUAGUCUAAUAAAGUAAGUUUAGUUUUUAAAAUUUACUUCCAAAAUCGUUUGCAAUUUGCGAACUUGCUUGCGAACUUGGUUCGGAAUUUCGUAACGAAUUUCAAUAAUUUGAUGCGAAACUUCCGAAUUAGUGAUUGGCCAGUUUCCAAUCAACUUGAUGAUCUCGUGUUUAUAGUUCCCAAAUUCCCAACCAACCUCGCAACUGGCGCGGCCAACGUUUCGUGAAAUCAUCUGUAAUUAUGUUAUUAGUUUUGUACAUAAUUGUUUUGUAGUUAUUUGUAGUUUAGUGUGUGUAACAUUUUGUCAUAUAAUAUCAUGUAAUCCAUACGCCCCUCGUGGAAAUCAGCGUAUAGUUGACGGGGCCAGCGUGUGAUCUUUUAAAUAAAGUUUUACAUACCUACUAGAGGUGUGUAAAUCCGAUCCGAAACCGAUCCGAUCGGAUUCGUUCGGAUUUCGGAACCAAAAUAUUCAUAUCGGAUCGGAUUGAUAAAGUUGAUUCGUAAUUGGAUCGGAUCGGACUUCUAUAUCCGAAAUAAAAUGAAUUAAUUACCGACGCAUUAUCGCAAGAAUUAAUUAUCCAUGCAUUUAUCAAAGCAUUAUCGCGGUUGUCGCUGCAUUAUUCGUUUGAUACUUCAAUUGGACGUCACUUUGUCAGCGUCUUGACAUGUAUUUCUUGCUUUUAUAUUUAUUUGGUUAAAUAUUUCAACUUGAAUGAGCAAUUUAUUUUAUUAAAGAAUUCUUCGGAUCGGAUUCGAAUUCUUUAUCAAAACUCGGAUCGGAUUCGGAUUAGACAAUAUCGGAUCGGAUUUUAAACAUUGGGCAAGUGUCGGAUUAUAAACGUUCAAUCCGAUCCGAUGGACACCUCUACUAUAUACCUACCUAAUUAUUGAACAUUUUCGUCGGAAUCUAAGGUAGGUCGAAUGUGAGUUACGCAAAAGUCGCAUUUUUGUACAAUUUCUUAGCCUCCAGAACGUGCUCACAAGGCAUUAAAAUUUUUUAGUUAGCAGAAAAAUCUAGGCUUCAAAAACUCCAGUAAAACGCUCAAAAAUCGAAUUGCUACAUUUGCAAACGUUCGUUGGAUUUCGCUUUGUAAUUUUCAGGUACUUGCACAUGGGCGUACCGCAAGAUUAUGUCAUUGCUAUAUUGACUCGUCCCAGGUUUCCAUUCUGAUCUGUGUCUGUGUGUGAACCUCGCAAAUUUUAGCGCAUGCGCGCGCGUGUUUGGUGGACGUUGCUUGGCGCAAAUAUGGCGCAACAAAUUUAAAAUUGAUAUAAUUUAAAAUUUAUGGUAUCAAUCGGAGCAAGAUAAAAAUUCAUGGUAUGUCUUUUGAAUCUUAUAAAUCUUUUGAAACUAGGCGAGCAUGUAUUUGUGAGCCUGUGAGAAUAUUAAAACCUUGUUUUGUUUUAUAUAUUUUGACUUACAGUAUAAUACAGUUACAGUAUUCCUCAACCUUGCCUUGUAUGAAGUAUAUUAAAUCCUUCACCCUUGUUUAUUAAUAGACAAAAGUUAUUAAAAAGUUCUCAAGAGAGUUUCGUUAUUGAUAUAUGCAUUGUGGAAUCAUAAUACAGAACAUAAUCUUUUGUAUUAAUCGAAAUUUGCCGGCCUGCCAACAAAAUGUAAACAGAGGGGAUGAGCAAUGCAGAGCCAGAGGGGUCUUGGUCUAUACCACAGAGUAUAAAUUAAUUCUGUGACAGUCUCUGUGUCUAUACUGUAUUUUAAUAGGGGAGGGGUGUUGGGUCUUUGGCGAGGGGUCCGACACGGCCACAUGAAGCGUACAAGAUUUCGAAAUGACACGAUUUCUAACCUGAUUUCUAAUCUGAUUUCUGUUGAUUUCUAAACAGAUUUCUGUUGAUUUAUAAUGCGAUUUCUUGAUUUCUAACGUGAUUUCUAACCUGAUUUCCUGAUUUCUAACCUGAUUUCCUGAUUUCAGUGAGUUAUUUCAGCUGUGUCAGACCCCUCGGUCUUUGGGACCUAGAAACCAAGAGGCCAACAAACCUAGAUAUACCUUUAGAUACCUGGAAAUUCCUGCACUGACUGACUGACUACUGAGGAACCCAUUUGAAGAGCUUGGAACUCAGAUCUAGACCUAAUGGCCCAUCAUCCAUUUUCUGGGAAAACUAGACAUUCAAUGAUCUACAAUAGAGUAGGGGGAAAGGGGUUAAAGUAUUUGUGGGACAAGUAAAGCGGGUUGAAAACUAUUUGACAAUGUGCAUGCAUUUCAUGCAAACAGUGACCCCUGACAAUUUAUGCAAAGUGUAAUUCUGAAAUUUUUCAGUCAAUUGUCAUUAGAAUGAGUAUAUAGUCCAGUGGACUGAAGCAUGAGGUUUACACCUGUAUUCUAAAAGCUCACUCAAAGAGUGGAGGUUCAAUCCGAGCAGGGAUGGAUCCAACAUGAUCUGGUAGGGGGGGGGGGGGUACUCUGCCAGCUCUGGUGCCGAGUUGUGUCAGUCAUGUGUGCUGCCUGCCGUCAACUUGCUUCACUGCUGCAAAGUCUUGCUUGACUACAGUGUUUGAAUUGUAAUUGUUGUUCACAGUUUGCUUAUCAUCAUGUUAUUACUCAAAUUACUGUAUCUCAUUUUGUCUCUAAUAAUUUUUUGCUUUAACAUGAAAAAUAGCACCCCCCUGCACCCCCUCUGGCCAGGGCUAGGGGGUGCACCCCCCAGUAAAUCCAUCCCUGAAUCCGAGCUUCUCCCAAGUGUCAAUGCUGUUUUUGAAUAGCUGAAGGGUUAGUGUCUUAACUUAUUCUAUUUAUUUAUUAAUUUAUUUAUUAUGCUUUGCCAAUUUCACACAAUCAUAUCUGCACAAAUACAAACACAAGAAUAUACAAACUGUCAAUCAAUCAAUGGCAGGGUAUAUGCUACAGCUUUACGCCAACUACAGCGGCCCUUACAGAACGAACAUGACACAUUCAUUAGUACAUUAGAUCUUUAGUAAUAUAAAAAGGCCAGUUUGCACCCAGGGAAACCCUCUGCAGGAUAGUAACGGAAGGAAAGUUACAUAGUGCUAAAGUCAUUAGUUCCAAUGCUGGCUGUCCGCUCCUGCAGAAAAUUUUAUUGACAGAGUGGAAAUUAGCCGACAAUGAAGCUUAACAAGACCAACACAGGGACUAUACUCAACCUCCAGCUAUUUAAAAAUUGCACCGGCACUCAAGAGACACUCAGAUUGAACCUCCACUCUCUGAGUAUACUGUAAGUGUGAGUGAGCUUUCUGAAUACUGGUGUUAAUCUCUGUCAUUCAGACAUUUCCAUCAUGCACUACUUUUGUAUCUUAAUUCAGAUUCUGGGUGUGGAAAGGAGUCAGCAUUGAAUAAUAUUCAUUAUCACAAUAAACAGGGUCAGGGUUUAUUCUAAUUCUAAGUUUAAAACAUGCCUAUUAUGUUAAAUUGAAGCCAGAAGUGGAUCAGUUCUAUUGAUAAAUUCAAAAUAAAUCUUGGUGGUGAAAUUGGUAGAAUUAUACAAUGUUUUGAGCAAGAAGAUGAUAACAGAUGAUUGUUAAUAGCCCACACAAUUGCUAUAAGUGUGUGAUACCGUACUGAUCCGAUCUUAGUUAAACGUACAUGUACACUAGGUAGUGCAAGCUGCCAAGCCCAUUGUUGUAGUUCACUGGUGCAGACUGCCGAAAUGUCAAUUGCCUUAGUAUAGCCUCAUAUAGCCUAUCAUAUAAAUAGAGCCUCAUGACACAAACCUUAAUCUGGUCGCUAUCCCCCCCAAGAGGAGUUUAAUUAUUUAGUAGACAAUCAGAAAUGUCCCAGGGAAAUGUCAAUUUCACAUAAUAACAACAACAAUCUUACUAUACAGGGUGUAUAAAAAAAAACUGAACAGAUUUGAAAUUGCUCUCCAUUUCGCAAAACACCUAGUUGCAGUAGCGUAGCCAGCCCAACGAUUUAGUCCCGCUAUGCAAAUAUUUUCGUGUUCAAUGACUGUGAAAACAAUCAAUUUCUAAAGAAAUGAAUAAUGAUAAUAAUUCUAAAUUUGCAUAGCGGGACUAAAUUGUCGGGCUGGCUACGCCACUGCCUAGUUGUAUCCGGUUUUAGGCGGGUUUUUUAUAUAUAUAGCUUCUUUGGGUACUUAUAUGUAGAAUAAUGAAAAAAAUUUCUUGAACUCAAAUUUUGUGAACCAGGGGGGUGUGUCUUUUCCAACAAACUAAAAAUGGCUCGCGCACAAAAUUUAAAAGUUGUAAUCAUAUUUUGAGUGAAUAGAUGAAAAAUUUGUUGGGUUUUUAAUUACUGUACAAAAUUUCAGAAAAUUUGGUUUAGUUUAGGCCCUUUAACUAUUCACGCAAAGUUACAUUUUUCCUAAAAAUCAGGUAUUUGCAUGCUUAACUAAUGCCUUUGCCUAAUUUGCAUAUGUUAGCAAUAUGCAAAUUAGGUAGAGGCAUUAAUUAAGCAUGCGAAAAGCUGAUUUUUUAGAAUAAAAUGAAUAGUUAAAGGGCUUAACCUAAACCAAAUUGUCUGAAAUUUUGUGCAGUAAUUAACAACCAAACAAAGUUUCCAUCUAUUAACUCAAAAUAUGAUUACAACUUUUGUGCGCGAGCCAUUUUUAGUUUGUUGGAAAAGACACCCCCGCCUGGUUCACAAAAUUUGAGUUUGAGAAUUUUUUUUCGUUAUUCUACAUUAGAAGUACCCAAAGAAACUAUAUAUUAUAUAAAAAAAACCGGAUACAAAUUGGUGUUUUGCGAAAUUGAGAGCAAUUUCGAAUCCGUUUUUUUAUACACCCUGUAGUUGCAACUUCUAAAUAUAUCAUGAACAAUAGUAUCAAUGAUAUAAUUAGAAUCAAUUAACCAAUCAAAAAGACAUUAAAAUUUCUUUGUCUAAUACAGACCAAUCAGGUUAAAAGCCUGAAUUUUGCUUUUUACUGUACAUGCGCCCAUCCACCCUCAUUUGGGGAGGGAAAAUGGCCUGAUAGUCAGGGUAUUUGAUAGUAUUUGAUAGUUUCCAUAUCAGGCAUAGAUAUAUUACGUGAGUCCUCUUGUCUUAAUUAUUGUUGUGGCAGAAUCGGGGGAGGAGGGGGGGGGCAUAGGUUACAGAACUAGGGAUGGGUGCUAGGAGGCUAUUGACCUCCAACAAAAAACAUAAGAAUGUGGGAAUUUAACUGAAUGAACUAGCUGGAUUAAUUUUGCAUGUCAAAUCUUUCCCAGAAUGCAGGAAAUGUCAUGAACUAGGACUUAACUUUAAAUUUUAACAUUUUUUAGGAGAGCAUAGACUUUGUCAAGACACUCAACCAACUGAAACCAAUCUUCCAACCAUGUAGUGGAAUGGACUGGUUUUUGAAUUUUGAAUCAAUGCCACUACCAAAUUUCAAGGAUUAUUGAGAGGAAUACCAAAACUGAUUGGGGAAAUAAAAGUGGUGGAAUAGUACUGUACGUAUUUGCGACUUCGCAAAAUGCAAGAAUUGUGACGUUACUGUUCACAGCUAACACAGGUAGCAAUACUGAACUCCGAAAUGAGAAAAGGAAGAUUCGCGGAACUUGGCGGGAUUUAAAUUGUAAUAUAUGUUGUUUGAAUCGCCGUCUUUUUUAAACUUUUGCCACUGUGUGGCAGCCUGAAAAUUUAAAUAUUACCGAAAUCAGUAGAGUGUCUUUUCCGGAAGUUGAAAAGACAGUCAGAAGCCAGUAGAAACGUCCAUGUUUUAUGACGUCACGGUAAAGGAAUGCAGCGUGGAACUUGUAUGUUAUUUUACUUAUUAGUAACUUUAUUUAGUUUUACAAAUUGCCAAUGGCUCGCCAAGCGCAAGACAAGCUUUCGAGCAAAGGGAGAACCUUUGUUCGUGGGAAGACACUGGGAGAAGAGCUACAAACUAAGUUAAGUUACUAAUAAGUAGAAUAACGUACAAGUUCCACGCUGCAUUCCUUCACCGUGACGUCAUAAAACAUGAACGUUUCUAUUGGCUUUUGACUGUCUUUUUAACUUCAGGAAAAGACACUCAACUGAUUUCGGUAAUAUACUACCAAUUAUUGUUAUUUUUAUUGCCAGUGGAAAUGAAAAAGCAUUUAUUUAUUAAAUAAAGAACAUAGAUUACCACUUUUGUUUAAAAGAAUACUUAUUGCACACGUAACGGUUAAUCUCUUGUCACGAUAAAUUAUGGAUUAAAUAGUAAGUUAGGAAUAGUAAGUCUAAGGAAAAAACGUCUGAAGCUGGUGGAUGCGUCUGAAAAGGAUUUAAUUCAAUCUCCUCUCUACGACUAUAACCAUAGGAAAACCAAGCAGUUUGAGAAGGAUGUAUAUAUUGUAUUAAUUGUUCUAAUGCAGAUCAUCCGCAAUUGGUGAAUUUUCUGUCUCAACUGAAUUUAAUUCUAUCUCCUCUUGAUCAAGUAAAGACUGACUUUCUUCUGUUGGUUGUACGCACCUUCUUAAAUUUCGUGUCAGCAUAAAUCCUAGUAAAUUUAUCAAUGAAAAAAUACCAUACCCAAGAAAGGUAUAUUUUGAUCCAAUAGCGUUCACCAAUAUGCCACCAAAUAUGGCUCCUCCUCCAAAUCCUAAACCCCAAUGAAUGCCAGAUAAGAUCCCUUGCAUUGUGGUAGCAACGCCGGUGUUUAGACCAAUAAACGAUACAGCUAAUGCCCAGAUAAGAGUAGUUGAUACACCAUGGAAGAUUUCUAUUGGCACUACCAGCCAAGGAUUCUUGAUCACACCAUAAAAAAUAAACCUUAGUGAGGAGAAGAAGAGACCAAGAUAUAGCACACGAUAAUAACCCAACUUUGUUAUUGCAUACCCAGCAAUAUGAUAGGAUACGACCUCUGAUAGACAUUGCACGGCUGUGACUAUACUGAACAAGAACUGUGUCCCGCCUAGAUCUUGAAGAUGCCAUAAAAGAAACGUUUGGACAAGCCCCCAGGAGUUACCAAACUGAUGAAUGGUCAGAAGAAAGACGAUGGAAUCGAAUUUUAUUAGGGUUCGUAAGCUCCGAGUAAGAUUUGCUGUCGGUAAGUUUCUGUCUUCAAAGCGGAUGAACAGCGCAGGGAUGAAGGCAAGUAUCAUUAACCCUGCGAAGGCGUAGAAACAUGGUUGAUAAUUAACGUGGUUAGGUACGUUACAUUUGGAUUUCUCUUGUACAGUGCUUACCACUGAACCGACCAGGAAAGAUGAUAUCCCCCAGCCUAUAGCUCCCCACUGACGUUGCUUGCCGUAGUAAUCCUUCCGAUCACCUGCAGUAAAAACAAACUGAAUCACAUACAGUAAUUGUUCAUAUACAGUACAGUAAUUGCCUGAUUCGUCUGAACGAAUUUGGGCAAAGGAAAGGUACUGUAGUUUGUUAUAAACGUGGCGAAGGGAUAAAUAUAUAGUCAAGAAG